AUGAAUGGUUCUCAAAACUCCAAACCCAACUCAUCAAGGAUCAUAAAGAAGCGGCUGAGCCAGGACCAAGUCCGGCUCCUCGAAGCCAGCUUCGACGCGGGCCGAAAGCUCGAGCCCGAGCGCAAGUUCCAGCUGGCACGCGAGCUCGGGGUCCCGCCACGUCAGAUCGCAGUCUGGUAUCAGAACAAGCGUGCCAGGUGGCGGAGUCAAAGCUUGGAGCUCGACCACAGCACGCUCCAGGCUCGGCUCGAGUCCGUGUUGGCUGACAAGAAACGGCUCGAGAGGGAAGUCGAGGGCCUCCGGGUGGAGCUUAGGCGGGCCCACGAGACGAUGUUUGGUCUGGGACAGGUGGCUGAGUCCAAGGCCCAAGCCCAGGCCCAAGCCCAACAGCUGGCGAGUUGUGGCGACAGCUCGAGUUUGAACAAUGAUGACGUGGGCGUGCAGUUUGAGGAGCUUUAUGCUUGUUUGAUGGUGGGCAAUGGUGAUAUAGGAACCAAUAAUGAGUGUGAUGAGGUGAAUUAUGAGAGGGAUUUUUGGGUAUAG